AUGAAAGAAAAUUGGAAGAGGAAGAAAGCGGAAGGCUUAACCAUCACACCUGCCGAUCACCGCUUCUGCGUCCCAACUGCCACAAAUCUGGUCUCUCUAAACCGAGUCACCUUUUUCUUUAAGAAGCCCAGGGCUACCUUCAACGGUGCUGCUAUCACCAAGGAUAAGCCAGCGACAGCGGUUGCGGACUUGAUUUUCUACGAGCUUCUAGGGAUUUCAGAAUCGGGGUCGUUGAUGGAGAUAAAGCAAGCGUACAAGCAACUUGCAAGAAAGUACCACCCGGAUGUGUCUCUACUGGGUCGGCUCGAAGAGUACACGAAGCGGUUCAUUCGGGUCUAA